GGCGUUCCCAUUCAACAGCGUAGACAAUGGAAAGCUUGCUCCCGGUUCUCUUCCUAGGGCUCCUCCUCCUCCACCACGCGGGCUGCAGCCCCCUGCCGGACCCGGUGGUCUGCACACGUGGCACCUCCAACUGCACGGUCAGCAACACGUACGGCUCCUUCACGGACCGAACCGUCUGCCACGCCGCCAACGUGACGUACCCAUCCACCGAGGAGGAGCUGGUCGCCGCCGUGGCGGCCGUGGCAUCCGCCAAACGCAAGGCGAAGGUGGCCACAAGGCACUCGCACAGCAUCCCCAAGCUCGCCUGCCCCGGCGGCAGCGACGGCACCAUCAUCAGCACGGCACGGCUCAACCGGACGGUGCGCAUCGACGUCGCCAAGCGUCUCAUGACGGUGGAGAGCGGCGUGGUCCUCCGGGACCUGAUCACCGCCGCCGCCGAAGCUGGGCUUUCGCUUCCGCACUCCCCGUACUGGUACGGGCUCACCAUCGGGGGCCUCCUCGCGACGGGCGCGCACGGGAGCUCGUUGUGGGGCAAAGGGGGCGCCGUGCACGAGUACGUGGUCGGGCUGAGGAUCGUCACGCCGGCGCCGGCUAGCCAGGGAUUUGCCGUUGUGAGGGAGCUCGGCGCCGAUCACCCGGACCUGGACGCGGCCAAGGUCUCCAUCGGGGUACUCGGUGUCGUGUCUCAGGUCACUCUCGCAUUGCAGCCGUUGUUCAAACGGUCGGUCACGUUCGUGAAGCGCGAUGACUCGGAUCUUGCGAACCAGGCUGUUGUGUGGGGUCGCCUGCAUGAAUUCGGGGACAUGACGUGGAGGCCACAGGAGGGCAAGGUUCUUUAUCGCCAGGACGACCGCGUUGACAUCUCAUCACCGGGCAACGGGCUCAAUGACUUGAUCAUCUUUCGGCCCAGGCCCACGCGCGGGCUCAUCGACGCAAGAGCCGCGGAGGAGCGGCUGCAGGAGAACGGCACCGACAAGGCCUAUUGCGCGGCCGUGCGGGCGCAGGCGGCCACGACAGAGCAGCUGGCUUACGGCUUCACGAACGACGGCAUCUCCUUCACGGGGUUCCCGGUGGUGGGGUACCAGCACCGCAUCCAGGCGUCCGGGACAUGCCUCAACGGCCCAGAGGACGGCCUCCUCACGUCCUGUACCUGGGACCCGCGCAUCCGGGGCAGCUUCUACUACAACUCCGGCUUCAGCGUCGCGCUCUCUAAGGCGCCCGCGUUCAUCGCCGACAUGCAGCGGCUCCGGGACAUCAACCCUGACGCGUUCUGUGCAGGGAUCGACGCCAGGGUCGGCGUGGUGCUCCGCUACAUCAAGGCUUCCUCCGCCUACCUCGGCAAGCCCGAGGACUCGAUUGACUUCGAUGUCGUCUUCUACCGAAGCCACACCGAAGGCGAGCCGCGUGUGCACGGCGAUGUGGUGGACGAGAUCGAGCAGAUAGCUCUGCUCAAAUACGGCGGCCUCCCGCACUGGGGCAAGAAUCGCAACUUCGCAUUUGACGGUGCCAUUAGAAAGUACCCCAAGGCCGCUGAGUUCCUUAGGAUGAAGGAAAGGUACGAUCCUGAUGGGAUCUUCUCCAGCGAGUGGAGCGACCAGGUGCUGGGCAUUAGUGGGAGCACUAAUAUCGUCAAGAAGGGUUGCGCCGUCGAAGGGCUUUGCAUAUGCUCGGAGGACUCGCAUUGUGCGCCCGACCAGGGGUAUUUCUGCCGGCCAGGGAAGGUGUACACGAAGGCCAGAGUAUGCUCGUUCCAACCCACUGGCCAUGCCCACCCGCGCAGUGGUAUUCGGGGUUAAUCAUGCCGUCAGAGCCCUCGAUCGUGCUCCUUUCCCAUCAUUCAUGAAUAAGUUACCGUGUUGUGGCCUGUCGGUCUCCGUGGGUAUUUCUAUCCAUCUUGCAAUAUAUGAUGUUAUUAUAUUUUUGAGCCAUAUAUGAUGUUAUUAUGGCUUUCUUACUCAUACAACUGCAACUCUGCAAGUUUGCUUGCAAUGGGGCGCGUCGAUGCACUAUGUCUAUGUGUGUACUGGUUUGACAGCCUAGGUCUCCGUUUGCCCGGCCGGUGGGGGUUGGAGGACGUGGAAGGGAAUAUUUUCAUUUCGUGACGAUGUAUACGUUUUACAUUGAACAUGGGGAAUACAUACAUGUACCCCGUUAUUUUUAUAGGGAUUUCUGAUUAGAACAAGUCCCCCUCGGUGGGGAUAAUCAGUCAUUGGAUGAACAUGUAGAUCAGUGCUUGUUAUGCCAUAUGGCUGAUUAUAAAGAAGAGAAAGAAUGGAACAAAAACAUGAUCAUGUUAAA